AUGGGGGCCCGAAUUUGCGUUCCAUUUAGAAAAUGCAAUGAAAUAUUGUCCAAGGAAGAGGACAAUCCUGAUCCCCUGCCCACUCUCCGUGCUACCAACUUGAUAUGCAGCUCUCUCCGAUUUCUGGAUACAUACCGGGCCGGAAAACUUAAACCUGAAGUCUACCAUUUAAAUCCCCGAAAAUCCGAUACUGCAGCCUUCGAACGUUUCGUCGGACUGCUACCUCGUUCUAUUGCGACGUACGGCGCUUACUUGUUUAAGGCUUUCCCCCUGGACAUGAGUCAGUUUGAGAGUCUGUUCAGUUCCACCCGAAUUGCGAUUCCAGAACAGGACGAACUUCGAAAUUUUCCUAACAGCCGCCACUUGGCAGUAAUCAGCAAUGGGGAUAUUUUCAUUUUUGAUAUCAUUGAUGAACAGGGCUGCCACCUAAACCCACGUCAGAUUCUCGCCAAUCUCGAGUUCAUUCAGCAUCGACCGGUUCGUGAUCGACGCCAGCCGAAUCGGUCUUCAGGCAUUGGAAUAAUGACUGCAAUGCAACGUGACAGUGCUCUCAUGACACGUGACCGUCUUGAGUCCCUCGGCAACAAACGCAACCUAGACCUGAUUGACUCGGCUCUUUUUGUCCUGGUGCUUUCUGAUGAAACGACUGAUCACUUCCCCGAAGUAGUGAGCAUUUCAUCCUCUUACACCUUGCAUUUGCUUGCUGUCCUGCAUCCUGUCAUACGUAGCCCCCACUUGCACUUUGCCGCUCUACUCUACCGUUAA